CACCUCAACCACACACGCAACAUUUCCUCUGUGACUAGCUAUGGAGGAAAGCAAGGGGGAAGUGAAGCACAUACUGCUUGCAAAGUUCAACGAUGGCUUAUCCGAACAACAAAUUGAUGAAUGCAUCAAAGAGUACGCCAACCUUGUCAAUCUUGUUCCUUCCAUGAAGGCCUUCCGAUGGAGUAAAGAUGUGAGCAUCGAAAACAUGCAUCAAGGCUUCACCCAUAUCUUUGAAUCAACCUUCGAAAGCACACAAGGGAUUGCUGAAUAUAUUUCCCAUCCAGACCAUGUUGUGUUUGGAAACAAAUUACUAACCCUGCUUGAGAAGCUCAUUGUUGUUGAUUACAAGCCCACAAAAGUCGAAGUUUGAAUCUUUAGCAGCCUUCCAGUGAGACUUCACUUCUGUCUUGUGGCUUUGUAGAAUAAUGUAAUGUGUUCAAACUUCAAAGAUUGUUCCUUUUGUAGCUUCACCUUUGCUUCAAGCUUGAUUGUCUUCUGAUGAUUAUACAUUCCAGUUAAUAAGUUACUUUUGGCUUGUAGUUUUGUAA